AUGUCUACCUGGACUACUCUGAAGGAACCCUCUAUGUCUCCUGGAAUUGGGGAUUCGGAUGAAAGUUCAGUGGAAUCCUCACAAUCGCCGCGAAGAUCGGAUGCUCGCACCGAGGCUCCAAAGCGGAGUCAAAUCCUUCCACCACCCCUACCGACGCGACCACCCCUACCGACGCGACCACCCCUACCGACGCGACCACCCCUACCGACGCGACCACCCCUACCGACGCGACCAACCCUACCGACGCGACCAACCCUACCGACGCGACCACCCCUACCGACGCGACCACCCCUACCGACGCGACCAUCCCCUAAGAAGAGAUCUGCACCACAAGAAGCACCAGGACCAUCAUUGAGCCGGGGUUCGAAACGCAUCAAGCUCACCGAUUCUCCCGUUCCCCCGAGACGUCGAGCUGCCGAAGCCGACGGCGUCAGAAGACCGGGAACACUUGGUGAUGGCAUUCUGGCGGGGGCAGGGAGAAGUAUUUUGGAGAUUUCGGAGCCCAAAAAGGAACCCCUGGUUGCCGAGGAACGCGUACGACCAGUCACGCAUGGCAAUCGAAUGACGGGGUUCGACCUGAAGGUGGUGGAAACGAUUGGCGAGAAAGUUGACCCUCCUCCACCCGCGAUAAGCCUGGUCGGGGAUUUUCCUUUGGUCGAAGUUGAUGUCAGGAGCGUUUUAUUCGGCUUACAAAGCUCGAGCCUGAGCCUGGCUGGAUCGACCGCUCAGCCACCUCAGCUACCGAGGAAUCGCGAAUCCCUGGCGGCGGUGGAUCCUGGAAACUUGACGCCUGCGAAGAGCCAACCACCCAGCUCGACGAUUCCACAACACCCAUUGUCGAGAAGCCCCCAGCCACCCAACAUUCCUGCAUCGACGAGCUCUCGAGUAUCGUCGCCUACAAACGACCUACCGCCCCCAAAACCGGUGCUGGAUUCUCGAUCGAAUGAGAAGUGUUGCGACGUGAGGGUCAAGGAGGAAGGUGGGAUGGCAUCGGAGGUCGACGAUUUCACAGAGACGAGGAAUACGAGCCAUGGGAGGGUUAGGGAAGAGCGGGAAGAGCCCAGUGGAAGGAUGGAGGUUGGAGUGCAGGUGGAGGGGUUGGGGAGUCGAGCGCGAGGGGACCCUGGACGACCUCUAACUCCUACGAGCGUCAACUGGUACGUUACGAGUGGUGUCGGCUACUCCAUUGGCACUGCUCUCGCCGGGAUCCAGGACCACAGCGUCAGUCCAGCUUCGCACCAGGCCCUCGACAUCUACAGGACCACCUACAAGCAAAGCAACGAGGUGUCGAGGUCGCUCCAGAUCGCGUUCAUGGACACGAUCAAGAACAACGACAAAUACUUCGCACAGCUCCAGUCUGCGAACACCGAUGAAUAUGAACGGAAGAAGGCCGACCUCCAAUCGCAACUCAAAAAUCUGGAAAGGGAGUACCGAAAGCGAAAGGAGCUCAUCGAUCUUGACCGUCGGCACGCGAUGUCAUUGGGAAACGACGCCCUGGCCAAGACCGCGAAGAUGUUUGGGGAGGCGCGCUCGCUCAUCAAAACCAGCGCCGUAACCACCCUCGUUCACCCAUCCCUUCGGCCUUCUCGCACGUAUGCCUCCCGACGAUUGCACAAAACCUCAUAA